CCAAACAAAAACCCACCCCAUACUCAACAUUUUCGACCCGAAUAUGUCACCCAAACCGGGUCGGACCUUCCCCUCCAUCGCAACUCUCACCGGCGCGGCCGCCAAGCCCCGCCACUCCAUCGCCGCCGACCUCGACGGCACCCUCCUCAUCUCCCGCAGCUCCUUCCCCUACUUCAUGCUGGUGGCGGCGGAGGCCGGCAGCUUCCUCCGCGGCCUCCUCCUCCUCCUCUCUUUCCCCUUCAUCGCCGUCGCUUACCUCUUCGUCUCCGAGUCCCUCGCCAUCCAGACCAUGAUCUUCAUCUCCUUCUACGGCCUCAAGCUGCGCGACAUCGAGCUCGCCGCCCGCGCCGUCCUCCCCCGCUUCUAUGCGGCCGACGUCCGCCCCGAGAGCUGGGCGGCUUUCGACGGGUGCCGCCGCAAGGUGGUGGUCACGGCGAACCCCACGGUCAUGGUGGAGCCCUUCGUGAAGGAGUUCCUGGGCGGGGACAAGGUGUUGGGGACGGAGAUCGAGGUUAAUCCCAAGACAAAGAGGGCCACCGGGUUCGUGAAGUCGCCCGGAGUUUUGGUGGGGAAGAAAAAGUUAGUGGCGGUUCUGAAGGAGUUCGGCGACGAGUCGCCGGAUAUCGGGAUCGGGGAUCGCGAGUCUGAUUACGAUUUCUUGUCCGCUUGCAAGAAUGGUUACAUGGUGCACCCCGACCCAACCGCGACUCCGGUGCCGGCGGAUCGCCUGAAAUCGCCUGUCAUUUUCCACGAUGGGCGCCUCGUCCAACUUCCGACCCCAUCCAACGCGCUGGUGACCUUCCUGUGGCUCCCGCUGGGCUUCCUCCUCUCCCUGGUCCGCGUCUACCUCAACAUCCCCCUCCCGGAGCGCAUCGUCCGCUACACCUACCCCGCCCUCGGCAUCAACCUCGUCAUCCGCGGCUCCCCGCCGCCGCCUCCCUCUCCCGGUUCCCCCGGCAAUCUAUACGUCUGCAACCACCGCACCGCCCUCGACCCCAUCGUCAUCGCCAUCGCCCUCGGCCGCAAGGUCUCCUGCGUCACCUACAGCGUCAGCCGCCUCUCUCGCUUCCAGUCCCCCAUCCCCGCCGUCGCCCUCACCCGCGACCGGGAGGCGGACGCAGCCCGCAUCACCGCGCUCCUCCAGAAGGGCGACCUGGUGGUGUGUCCCGAGGGCACCACGUGUCGGGAGCCGUACCUGCUCCGGUUCAGCGCGCUGUUUGCGGAGCUCAGCGACCGGAUAGUGCCGGUGGCGGUGAACGUGCGGCAGAACAUGUUUUACGGGACGACGGUGAGGGGGGUGAAGUUUUGGGACGCCUACUUUUUUUUCAUGAAUCCGAGGCCGACGUACGAGAUAACGUUCCUGGAUAGGGUGGCGGAGGAGAUGACGUGUAAGGCCGGCGGGAAGACGCCGAUCGAGGUGGCGAAUCACGUGCAAAGGGUGUUGGGAGGGGUGCUGGGGUUUGAGUGCACCGGUUUGACCAGGAAGGACAAGUAUCUGCUGUUGGGAGGGAACGACGGGAAGGUGGAGUCCAUGUAUUCAGUGAAGAAGUGAGAGAGAGAGAGAGAGAGAGAGAGAGCGACGGGGAGUUGGAGUCCAUGUAUUCAGUGAAUGUGUGUGUGUGUGUGUGUGUGUGUGAGAGAGAGAGGGUAAAUUGGUCAUUUUGGGAUUUGGUAUGGGUAGCGUGGUAAUUUGAGUUGGAAGAUGCUUUAGUGGGCGUUUUUCGAGAAGGUAUUGUGGGGGAGGAGGUGGUGGUGGCGUCUACGUUGUGUUAAUGCAGAUAAACAUAUGGUUCUAAUAAUUUACAUUGGGGACAUCUAAAAUUGGCGACAUUUUGUUCCCAUAUUUUCUUGCAAGGAUGAAUUUGAUAUUUUUUAAA